AUGGACGCCGAUUCGAUCAGCCCGGUUUCAGUAAUACCACCUGUACCCCGUAAAUCCGUUCCAUAUGGCCAGGCGUGUAUCAACUGCUCCAAGGCCAAAUGCAAAUGCGUUAGCCGCGGCGGCCCCGGUACCGCUUGUGACCGAUGCCAGCGCUUGGGUAAGGAAUGCCACCCGUCCGUGGGCGUCCGUAAGCGCUCUGUGAGACGCCCAGCAUCCUCUCGGGCGGCCCACCUCGAGGAGAAGCUGGAUGAUCUGGUCUCGAUACUCCGCGCCCAGGCCGCUGGCAACCCGGCGCUGAGCUCCUAUAGGGCCCCGGUCGACGCCCAACUCCCCGGUGUUGCUACCGGCGGUAAUCCGAAUAUUGGUGCCGGAUUAAAUAUGAAUUGGAAUAUAGGGGGGAUAUCUGGCGGUAACAAGGCCGUUAUCAAUGGCCAUGGGUUGCCUUCAUCAGAAAUCCCGGUCCCCCACAGAUAUCCCGGCUCUGCCUCAUCAUAUUCUACUCCUCGAUCUGUUGCAUCAUCCCAGGAUAUGAGUCUCUCACCGGCAGAGGCUGAAGAGACACUUCAGUUAUUCAGAGACAAAUUCCUUAAAUUCUUCCCGUUUAUGUAUCUUUCGCCGGAAACAACUGCUGCUGAUCUGGAACGAACGAAACCGUUCCUGUGGCUGAACAUAAGGACCAUCUGCUGUAAGUCGAUAUCGCAAAAGGCAGCCCUGUGCCAGAGGGUAAGAGAGGUUGCGGCGCAGAGGAUCCUGGUAGAUCUGGAUCGAAAUAUGGACGUGUUACUGGGGCUUCUUACCUACCUCGGCUGGGGAAUGCACCAUUUCUGUGGAAGGACGUAUAUCGUCGCCUACACGGGCCUGGCUCUCUCUGUCAUUACGGAUCUGCGUCUGGAUAAAUCGCCGCAGGACAAUUACUACGAGCUCUACUGCUUCAGGCCGUCGAACCUAUAUCCGAAGACGGGAUCGACGGGCCGCACCAAUGAGGAAAGGAGGGCGGUUCUGGCGUGCUUCGUUGCCUGCUCCGCUAACUCGACCUUCCUCCGGAGCCACUCCAUGCGGUGGACAUCGCACAUGGAAGACUCGCUGGAGAAGCUUGCAGCGGACCCCAAGUGCCCUAACGAUGAGGUCCUUGUCGCAAUGGUAAGGGCACAGAGGAUCAUUGAAGACGUUAGACAGGCGACCUGGCGAACUCUCGACGCCCCUGGUCAGCAUGCGCCGCCGAAACCACCCCCAGCGUUCUACUCCAAGGCCCUUAGGGUCAAUCUCGAAGGAUUGCGAAAAAGUAUAUCACCCUCGCUGUUAGAAAAUAAGAUAGUGAUCUCAUACCUGUGUGGGGUCGAACUCGCCAUUGCAGACAUGGCGUUCUGGAACCCGAACGGACUCCUCUCCGCGACUCAUCACCUCGCCAAGGGGGGCAGCAGCAGCAGCAACGGCGGCGGCGGCGGCGGCGGCGGCGCUCACCACCACGCCAGCUACAUCGCCAACAGCAUGAACAGUCUUAACAACACGAUGAGCAGCAACAUCCAGAGCAACACCAACAACGGCGCCAGCGGCAUCACUGGCGGCAGCAGCGGCGGUGUCGGCACGACGACCGACUACGUCGACGUCAGCAGGGCGGACGCGUACUACGCGAGCCUGCAGGCGGGGAAGGCGAGCCUGGAGAACCACCUGUCGUUCGCGGCGGGGGACUACAUCGGGUUCUCGUUCCCGCACGCGCUGCACUUCAUGCGGGCGCUGCAGGCGCUGUACCGGCUGGCGGCGCUGGACGGCAGCAGCAGCAGCGGCGGCGGCGGCGGCGGCGGCGCUGGCGCGGACGCGAGGUGGUGGGACGGGCCGGCGGCGGUGCGCGCGGCGGUGGACCUGCCGGCGGCGGUGGAGCGCGUGACGGACAACUACGCGCGCGUGGCGGCGCGGUACGGGCUCGAGAGCGGGCCCGACGCCUUCGACUACUACACGCGCGCGGCCAGCUCGCUGCGCGCCACCGUCGCCCUGUGGAACGCCUCGCUGGACCCGGCCGGCUGCUCGGCGGCCGCCGCCGCGACCGCCGCCCUCGAGGCGAGCCUGGCGGCCGUGGCGGCCGGGCCCGGCGCGCAGACGCCCGCCGGCACCGCCGCCGCCCCCGCGCCCCCCGGCCCCCCAGACCAGAGCCUAGAUAUCAUGUCCAUGGAUUGGUUCGACGACCCCUGGCUCGCGGACUUCAUGCGCUCUUUCGAGCCCGCGUAG